AUGAAGUCUAAUACAAUUUCUGCUUUUGACCGUGAUCUUGUUCAUUCCUCUGUUGUUGAUGCCUCCAAUAUAAACGUUCUGGCCAAGGAUUUAAGUAGCAUACGUCUCGAGGGUAAUCCAGAGAUUCAAUGGCUCCUGAGAACCGUUGGUUUCAUCGAUCUCACCACCCUUGCCGGUGAUGACACUUCCGCCAAUGUGCACCGUCUUUGUGCCAAAGCUAAACGCCCUCUAAGCACGCCAAUUCUGGACAAACUCUCUGAACGCUAUGGCGUGACCCCAGGGGAAGUUCGUACCGCUGCUGUCUGUGUCUACCCCUACCAAGUGAAAACUGCAUUGGAUUAUCUCGAACGAAUUGGCGCCUCAUAUAUACCCAUAGCUGCAGUUGCUACUGGCUUUCCAUCUGGCCAAUAUUCUCUCAAAUCGAGGUUAGAAGAGAUCCGCUAUGCAAUUGAUAGUGGAGCCUCCGAAAUCGAUAUUGUUAUCAACCGGACUCUUGCUCUUGAAGGCAGAUGGAGAGAUCUGUACGAUGAGAUUUGUGAAAUGCGAACGACGUGUGGAAAUCGUGCUCAUCUCAAGACCAUUCUUGCGGUCGGUGAAUUGGGUUCCUAUGCAAAUGUCUACGCAGCUUCUAUGACAUGCAUGCUUGCUGGGGCUGACUUUAUCAAGACAUCUACAGGCAAAGAGAGCACUGUUAAUGCGACUCUCCCAAUCAGUGUUGUGAUGUGUCGUGCCAUUGCGGAUUUUCAAGACACUUAUGGCAUUAAGGUGGGCUACAAGCCGGCAGGUGGACUGAAGACCUGGAAAGACGCACUGGAGUUCACGGCCUUGGUGCACAGUAUGCUGGGCCCGGAUUGGGUGAACCGGGAGUACUUCCGUAUCGGAGCCAGCUCUCUCCUCGGUGGCAUUGAAUCGCGUAUUUACAGCCUUCUACACAACACAGCGCCGCGUUCUGGUGACCUGGCCCUCAUAACUCGUUUGAAGCAGAGUUGCGCACCAGGUCAGCAGAAGGCGCGCUCGGCAAUUUCAUUGGAUCCGUUUAAAAAAUACGACGGCAAGGACAAAGGCUUUUCCACUCGCUGA